AGUGGAACCUCAACCCAGCACGUUAUCAUGAUAGAGUCUGCAGAGGCUGAAAGUCCUGGGGUCAAGCUGGAUAGGUCUGAAGAAGAGGAAGACCCACGGCACAGCGGAGACAUCAAGACUGGAGGGACUGGAGCACUCCCUGUAGCCACGGAGGACCCCGCCCCAGUGCAGCCCAGGACCCGACACAGCAUCACGGAGGAGGAGGAGGGUCCAGAGGUGCUGCUGGUCAAGGAGGAGGGGUGUGAGGAGGGUCUGGGGAACCCUGAGGAGACCAUGGUCAUGGAGGACAACCAGACUACACCUCCUCCUGAACCCACAGAGGAACCAGCUGAGCAGCACAGCACCACACACAGUCUCACUGAGUCAGUASACAUGGAGGAUUGGAAGCCUGAUCUGCUGCUGGUCAAAGAGGAGACAAUAGAAGAUGGACCAGAGAGCAUUGAUCUGCUGAGUGGACUAAAGAUGGGGGAGCAAGGUGGUUGGCUGGAGGCUAACAGAGGAGACUGGGCUCCCAUCUUGGAUUCCCAGACCCAGACCAGUGCAGUCAAGCGCCCAGGGGACAACAUCACUGAGCAGGCCAGGACCAGAGGUGACAUAGUGGAGGUCAGUGGAUGGGACAGCGUCCUCAACUCUGGGCUGGGGAACAACACUGUUAACCAGAAACAGAUAGUGGGACACAAAACAACAAUCGAUCUUAGUCUCCAUGACAACAGACUGGCUGUGACCAGGGCGAGGCAUAGAUUUGGUCUGCGGGGACGGGGAGGUGUCRAUAUGAGGCGGGAGAGAACAGACACAGACUCGGCUAGCGACGCUCCGUCCUGCUCCUAUAGUUGUGAUUCAGAGAGACUGAUGGCGCCUCAGGUUAACCCCCUAACAGGUGCUGCCUUCAGCCUGCCUUCUAUAGGAUCUAUCAACUGGAACAUGGACCCUGCGACAACACAGACAGUCCCUGGUCUUUGUCRUCCUCACACUCUCCUUAUGUUAAACCAGACCUCAGACAAUGCCAGUGCCUCAACACUAAAUGGCAGCACCAGCCCAUUGACAAAUGACAGUAGUAGUGACAUUAUCAGUAGAUCCUGUGGCAAAGAGAAGCGCUUCCCGUGUUCAUUCUGUGGGAAAGCCUUCAGUUUCCCCAAACAGGUGGAGAUCCACCAGAGGAUGCACACUGGGGAGAAACCAUUCAGCUGCCAAUUGUGUGAGAAGAGGUUCUCCCAUCAGCACCACCUGAAGAGACACCAGAGGGUCCACACAGGGGAGAAACCUUUCAGCUGCCCCCAGUGUGAGAAGAGGUUCUCCCACCAGCACCAGCUGAAGAUGCACCUGAAGGUCCACACGGGAGAGAGGCCGUUUGCCUGUAUGCACUGCGGGAAGAGGUUCUCCGAGAGGAGCUACCUUAGGAUACACCAGCAGAAAAUGCACAUGGCCCAUGUAUAGAGUAUAGUAACAUGUUAUGUAGUACUAGCUAGUUUGUUUGUAGUUAAUUCUGUUUGUUUUGGAUGUAGCAGGGAACUGGAUGAGGUGAACUGAAGAAAGAAUGAGUAUGAUGAGACAGAGUAGAUGAUAUGGUGAUGGUUGGUGUGAUGGUGUCUGUACAAAUGCUUCACUGAUGAAGAGUGACACAUUUUCCCCCUUUAGGUUGAUACUGGUGUUUUAUAGUGAGAUAAUGAUGGUGCCUUAAUUCAUGUUUACUUCACGUGAAGUUGUGUGUUAUGUAAUGUUGAACCUUUUCCAAUGUAUUCAAAAAAAAAUCAAUUUAAAGCGAGGGUACCAGAUUUACAGAAAAGGUCAAGUGUUACCAUAGUGAGAAAAGUUAUUAUAUUUGUCACGUAUCGUUUUGUGCAAUAAAAGUACUAUACUUCAAGUUGUCUUAGUGUAUGAUCAUUUUGUGAAAUUAAAUACAAAAUUGACUCUG